GAAAGGAAGUUGUAGCGCCGCGCAGUGCAUUUUUUUCUGUAACAACAACAACAACAUCAUCAUCAUCUCUACCUACAACAAGACAGUGCGCUCCCACAAUAAGAACAACAACGACGAGAACAAUUACAGAAAAGAAGGGAGCGAGCGACAAGUACCGUUAGAAGAACUUAACGAAAGAACUAUGAGUAUCGUCUGAGAGAGAGCGUACGCCAGAAGAAGACAACAACAACUGCAGCCGCACCAGACGAACAACAACUACCGCAAUUGACAACUAUCGAAGAGAGUCUCCGCUCUCAUUUUGAAUGUGUGUGGGGUGGUCCGUUCGUCGCAAAGAUAUCAAGUAGCAGAGGGAGACAGAGAGAGAGUGAGAUUGACGACCGAACGACAAGCAACUUAACGGCACCUAUCAGCAGCAGGCCAGCUGAGAGCGCUGAGCGCCAGAGGCAGGAAACAAGCAGCUCUCUCUGCAUCUCUCGACAGCUUGACCCCCACCACCACCCCGUCCUACGCCAACCCCCCGAACACACGCACACAAACCAUCACAGCAGCAAGUGAACGGUAUAUUUUUUUUUUGCUAGAUCGAUAAAACAGAUAUCGAUAAACGUCUAUAUAUAUAUAUAUAUAUAUAAUUAUAUAUACCAAGAGAAAGAGCACGCGGAGUAUUUUGUUGAAAAAAUACUCGUGCCCCAAACACACUCAGGAUAUGUACGGCAACAAUAAUCCGGGUAGUAACAAUAAUAACGGUGGUUAUCCCCCAUACGGUUACAACAAGUCGAGCGGUGGGCGUGGAUUUGGCAUGUCGCAUUCAUUGCCAUCUGGAAUGGAUACAGAAUUCUCAUUUCCAAGUUCCUCGUCCCGUCGCGGUUACAAUGAGUUUCCCGGCGGCGGUGGCAUUGGCAUCGGCGCCAAUGGCGGCAGUGCCAAUAAUCUUGGCGGCAACAUGUGCAACCUGCUGCCAAUGACCAGCAACAAUUCGCUUAGCAAUCUAUGCGGACUGUCGCUGGGCAGCGGCGGCAGCGAUGAUCACAUGAUGAUGCACGAUCAGCGAUCCAGCAACACCAAUCUGAUUGUGAACUACUUGCCCCAGGACAUGACUGAUCGCGAGCUGUACGCCCUAUUCAGAGCCAUUGGACCCAUCAACACGUGCAGAAUCAUGAGAGACUAUAAGACUGGGUACAGUUUUGGUUAUGCUUUCGUGGACUUCACGUCGGAAAUGGAUUCACAGCGAGCCAUCAAAGUUCUGAAUGGAAUUACGGUGCGCAACAAGCGGCUAAAGGUUUCUUAUGCUCGUCCUGGCGGUGAAUCCAUCAAGGAUACCAAUCUGUAUGUGACCAAUCUGCCGCGCACAAUUACCGAUGAUCAGCUGGACACGAUCUUUGGCAAAUACGGUUCCAUUGUGCAGAAGAAUAUCUUGCGUGACAAGCUGACCGGUCGGCCGAGGGGCGUGGCAUUUGUGCGCUAUAACAAGCGGGAGGAGGCACAGGAGGCCAUCUCGGCACUGAACAAUGUCAUACCCGAGGGCGGGUCCCAGCCGCUGUCAGUGCGUCUGGCCGAGGAGCAUGGCAAGGCGAAGGCGGCGCACUUCAUGUCACAGAUGGGCGUGCCAGCGCCGAAUGCACCACCACCGCCGCCACCACCACCGCCGCAUAUGGCGGCCGGCUUCAACAACAUGGUUCACAGAGACGGAGCUAUGGAAAAAUUACGCUCAUUAUUCGAUGCUAUAUGCGAUGCUAUCUUUGGUCUCGAUAGUGACAACUUUGCCGAUUUGCUUGACGGACUGUACCGUAGGAAGUACCAUUAUCCCUACUUAUAAUUGACACCCCAUCAGCAGCAGCAACUACAACAACAUCAGCUGCAGGCGAUUGGCAAUAGCAACAGUAACACCAACAUUAACCACAUGCUACUCUACCAUCAGCACUAUCAUCAGCAACAACAAGAACUACAACGCCUGGGCAAUAAUGCUGCUGCUCACAGUUUGAGCCCGAAUGGAGGAAACAACAACAACAACAACAACUUCAACCAAUCUAAUAACAAUAACUCCAACAACAACAAUACCAACAAUCAUUUGGAUGUAAUACGACAGAACGGAGUCGCUGCUCUCAAUUAUCUUCAACAACAACUGCAGUUGCAGCAACCGCAAUCACAACAACCACUACUAUCACCACCACCGUAUCAGCCACAGCAACAGCAACAGCUGAAUGGACACUCAUCCCGUCAACAACAACAGCAAAAGAAUCAACAACCCUCCAGUAGUAGCAGUCUCAACAAUGGUCACACCAACAACCAUACCAACAGCUACAACAGCGGCAGUAAUGAGAUGCUCCACAGCAGUUACACCAAUAACGGUAGUAGUGGCCUGCCACUGACUAACAAUUACACCAACAGCAGUAAUAGUGGCCUGGCACUCAACAACACUUACACCAACAACAGUGGCAGUGGUCUGGCACUCAACAAUAGUUACAGAAACAUUAGUGGGAAUAACCUAGCCCUCAACAACACAAACAGUUACACCAACAACAGUAACAGUGGCCUGCCACUCAACAACACUUACAACAACAACAAUAGGACGGGUCUGGCACUCAACAACAGCUUCACCAACCACAGUGGGAAUAGUCUGUCACUCAGCAACUUUACCAACAAUAGUAGCAGUAGCAGUGGUCUAGCGCGCCACACCAGUAGCUACACCAACAAUCAGAACAAUAGCCGCGCAGGCCCCAACAAUAGCUGCAGCAACAAAAGCAAUGACCUGCCACACAACAACAACAACAGCAGUCACAACAAUCAGAGCAAUGGCAGCCAUAGUAGUCGUUCCCCACAGCACGAGUUCAGCUUCAAUAUACCAACCACUGAACAGGAGCUGCAGAAGCAAACACUCAAGCUGCAGCAACUGCACAUCAGCAACAGCUUCCACGCAACAUCAGCAGUAACAAGUGAAGGUGCAACAACCGACACGACAGAGACAACCACAGCCAAUCACACAUCAAAUGUUGGCUUCCUCUGGCGUACAGAUAAUAUAUAAAACAAAUGAUAAGCAUAUAUAAUCUAGAACCUAAUAUGGAUCAUCGUAGUACCAGUAUCCAUCGAAACCAUUUAUCCAUUUAUAUAUAUAUAUAGAUAUAUAGAUAUAUAGAUACGAAACCCAAAUUUUUAUGUUCUCAAACCCCGAUACCUUUAUUUUGUGUAUGUUCCUCAUUCGAACUUUUAUGUUGUAGUACGUUUUUUUUUCUUUUUGUGCUUUUUUUU